CAAAACAAACAACAAACAAACAUGACAUAAUUAAGUAAUUCCAUAUUUUCUACGUCAUGGAAUAUUUUGUUUGAAGACGAUACAGUUGUCUGAAUUGUAUGCAUCAGUGAUAAGUAACGAGUACAUAUAGCACAGGAAUAAUUUAAACGGAAUGAAGUUAACAUUGUUCCUGAUUUGAAAUAGAAGUUUAAUAAUAAUUCGGAUAAUUUUAUUGAAUAUAUAUCUGAAGGUUCAUAUAAGAAGCACAACGGCUAGAAGUUGAUUCCAAAGAAAGACCACACGAAGAUAUCGCUCGCUUGAUGAGCACGUAUGUUAUUUAGCUGGAAGAUUCACAGAGAAAUAAAAGAUACAGCAAGUGAACGGAAAACCUUCAUAUCGAAACCAUAUUUAAGGGCAACAGUAUCACCAUAUGAUGUCAAUGCGCUUUCAAGUAAAUACCACUAAGUGAGAAAUGAUUUAGGUACGUGCCUUCCACAGUAAUAACUAACAGAAAUAGACACAAUUAAAUGGCAAAAAAUGGGACAUCAAACGAAUCAAGUCCGUUAUUGUGCGGUGCCGACAAAGAGGCUGACGUUGGUUACAAACCUCACUUGACAUACGGCGGUAUAUAUUCAGGCUUAUCCGGAGUAAGGGCUUGUGAUUCUCAGGUUGCCGUUUCCCGAUUGGAACCAUCGAUUAAUGCGAUAGAAGAAAGUCCUGAUGAUGAAGAAAUCGUGGAGAAUACAGACGCUUUAAGGUGUUCACCAAAUACACGGCUUUACAGAUAUGGUCUACUUGUGUUCUUGUGUAUUGCUGGUCUAUGUGAAUUUGUCACCAAUGAAAGUCCGGCUGCUCUUCAGAAGCACGUGGUUAAGGACAUUGACAUCUCCGAGACGCAGUACAUGGGAUUUUACUCCACCGUCCAGUGGGCGGAGAUCAUCUCAAGUCUCGCGGGAGGCUUUAUGGUGGACCGGAUCGGCAACCCCAUCAGUCUGAUGACCUCCGCCGGAUUGAUCACAGUGGCGCAUACGAUAUUUGCCUUAGGGGCUCUGAUCCACAACUAUUGGACGAUGUUUGGCGCUCGCAUAUUCCUCGGACUCGUAUCAGGUGCUUUAAUGAUCGCUAGUGACAACUUGGUCGUGAAGUGGUUCCACAACAAAGAAUUGAACAUGGUGCUGGGUCUGAAAAUUAGCUUUGCAAGAGCCAGUAGCGUCAUGACACUCAAUAUGAUGGACCCCAUAUAUCAACAACUGUUGAAGUGCAAUGUGCCAUGGAAAGCUCUAGGAUUUACCUUGUUAGCAGGCAGUUGUAUUGCAGUGUUGUCCACAUUAUGUUCUGUGAUAGUGGCGAUCAUGGACAAACGCGCUGACAAACUAGGGUUCAACAAGAAUAACUACAACGUUGACAAUGACAACGAAGAAGAGACGGAGGAGCACCAAUCAAUGACCACGUGUUCAGACGUGAGGCGCUUUCCAGCCUCGUUCUGGCUCAUUGGUAUCAGCGUUUCUCUCUACUACAUGCAGUUGUUUCCUUUCCUUGCACAGGGAGAGCUGUACUUUGUGAAGAAAUACGACAGAUCCUUAGAUUCAGCAAACGCAAUCAAUAGCAUGGUGUACGUAGUUGGAGCAGUGACUAUGCCGCUAGUCGGAGCCGCGGUAGACAGAGUGGGCCGGAAUCUUAUCUGGAUGUUGACCGGACUUUGUCUCUCUUUGGCCAGUCAUCUUUUAAUGACAUUUACCUUUGUAGAACCAUAUGCAUGCACGAUUUUAUUAGGACUCGGUUAUUCACUGGUUGUUACCACUUGUUGGCCACUUGUGACGUAUGUUAUCGCGCCCAAUCAUCUUGGAACUGCAUUUGGCAUUUUGUUUACAAUAAGCUCAGCUUGCCAGGCCGUGAACGCCUAUAUUACAGGCUACAUAGUAGAUAACCUGGGAUAUUUUGUGCUGGAGGUUUUCUUCAUAAUGUGCACCUCUUGCUCGAUAGUAUUCACCUUAUUGCUGUAUUUGAGAGACGCUUCUUCAGGGAAAACUUUAAACCUUACCGCAAAAGAACGAAGUCACAAAACAAAGUAAAGUACCGGUACAUGCCUUCCAACAAGGAAGUGAGGACAUUAGCUUUUAUUGUUCGAGAGCGAAGUCCAAUAAUUAAUUCAAGCACUUACCCUCUCAACGGAAUGUAGGACAUUGACGUUUGCCGUAAGAUCAAAACUUAAUUAAGUACUUAACUUCCACAAUACCUUGAAGGACAUUAAACCUUACCGUGGACGAGCGAAGUCGUUAAACAAAGUAAAGUACCUACCUUCGACAAAGGCAGAGAAGACAUUGAAACUUAUCGUAAGAGAGAGAAGUCGCAAAACAAAAUCCAGAAAUUGCCUUCCACGGUGACUGAAUGUCAAUAACCCUUGAACGUGAUUAAAGCAUUUAAAAGCAGUUUUGUUGAAGAUGCAUAUCAGACAUAAAGGAGUUUCUCUUGUUCCUUAAUAUUUAUCGGAUGUUAGAUUGGCAACGACAUUUUAUAUGACCAAGAGAGAUUAUAUUUUUAUCCGUGUGUUUAUGUGUUAGCCGGAGCAGAUUUUUGUUUGUUAAGUUCAUAUAUUGCUUUUGUAUAUUUACUGCUCAGAUUAUUGUUUUAAUAUACUCAUAAAAUAUAUUUACAUGACCUAUUUUAGCUCAACAUGUACAUGACCUGUUUAAGCUCACUUACAUCUGUGAUUGUUUGAAGAUAUAUGCUCAUUUUUACUUUGCGUUUUAAGAAUUAAACGGCUCUAUAUUUAAGAUAUUUGUGAAUAUUUGUAUGGCCCCACCACUAUAGUGCGGGACAUAUUGUUUUUGCCCUGUCUGUUGGUUGGUCUGUUGGUUGGUUGAUUGGUUUGUGUGUUCGUUUGUUUGCUCCAACUUAAACAUUUUGACAUAACUUUUGCAAUAUUGAAGAAAGCAACUUCAUAUUUGGCAUGCAUGUGUAUCUCAUGGAGCUGCACAUUUUAUGUGGUGAAAGGUCAAGGUCAUGGUCAUCCUUUAAGGUCAAAGGCCAUAUAUAUAGCUUCAAAGCGGCGCAGAAGGGGACAAAGUGUUUCUGACAAACACAUAUCAUGUUCUCUCUUUUUUCGAAAGGUAUACAUGUAAAACAUGUAUAUUUUUCAAAAUGGUUUAACAUUAUUUGGCAUAAAAUAAACAUACAUGUACAUAGCAUGAGACGUUGAACGUACGCUCGAUGUUACUUUAACCAUGUUUUUCAAUUAAAACGGUCAACCAGAAUUUAAAACAUAAAUUGACCUUGCAAAAAACAACAACAUUAUAUUAGAUUGACAUAUACUGCAAGGUGGUUUAUAUCUCUCCAAUGUCAAAGAACCAGACUGCUUUAUCCAAGAUGCAACACUUUGUUAUAGUUAAGAAACUAGUUUUAAAGAUAUAUUUAAAACAAGAUAUGUGUUUGUCAGAAACACUAUGUUCCCUACUGCGCCGCUUGAAGUUAUAUAUUUGACCUUGAAGGAUGACCUUGACCUUUCACCACUCAAAAAAUGCAGCUCAAUGAGACACAUG